GUGGACUGUAGAGUGUGGAAUUCAGGGUUUAUCGAGUCCUUCGUUUCAUGUUUCAUCAGCCUUUGGUAUGAACCAGGUGAAAUUCGGAAGCUUAAAUCGGAUAAUCAAGCAGCUUUUUGAUCGCAAUCUGUUCUGCUGAUGCUUUGGUGAAAUGGGUUUCGGUGCAAUUAGAUCGAUUUUUCGACCAUUGUCGAGAACCCUAGUUUCGCGUGCCGCCGCAAGCUGCUCGUCUGGGCCGUUCCCUGCGACGAUUCCGGCAGCGAAGCCCGAGUUAUGCUCCUUCUUCGGUGGAUCGAGGCAUUUGAGGUCGCCAUGGAUUCCUUUGACCAACCAUUUUCAUAGCUUAAGCUUGACUGAUACUCGGCUUCCGAAGAGACGACCCAUGGCACAUCCCAAGAAGAAGAGAUUCAAACUGAAACCUCCAGGGCCGUAUGCAUAUGUUCAGUACACACCUGGCGAGCCAAUCGCUUCAAACAAUCCCAACAAGGGAAGUGUGACAAGAAGGAACGCGAGGAAGCGCAUCGGUCAGCGACGCGCCUUUAUACUGUCUGAGAAAAAGAAGAGGCAAGCUCUGGUGCAAGAGGCGAAGAGGAAGAAGAGAAUCAAGCAAGUGGAGCGUAAGAUGGCCGCUGUAGCAAGGGACCGGGCAUGGACAGAAAGACUGGCGGAGCUUGAGCAGCUCGAGGAAGAGAAGAAGAAAUCAAUGUCUUCUUGAAUUGCUUUCAUUUCAUUCAACCAAACAUAGAAUAAUCCUAAAAUGGUUUCUUUUCUUUUCUUGUUGUGUUUAUCUGAGACACUCGCCCUUGUCGUCUGCAGACUUUGUCGAAAGAACCGAGAGAUUCGUGAAUGUUUCUGGUCUUUAUAUUCAGUCAUGCGUUUCUCGUUUUCAUGAACUUGUCGACAUUCUUUUAUUCACGGCACCUCAAAGAGAUUGAAACAUACAAGAUUUCUGAAUCACGACACGUGUAAUCCAUAGGCUUUGGUCUCUCUUUCUCUGCCACGUGUACCCAUUGUUUUCUGUGAACUCCUAAAUCUCAAUCUUCUGUAAUAAAAGUCUUCUUUGGUGGCUGAUUAAUCCACUACUCUCUCUCUCUCUCUCAUCGAUCAAGAAUCAUGACGAGCGAAGUGAGAGAACAGAGGAUUAAGAGCAACGGGAUUUGGUUAAACGUGGCUGAGAAAGGAGACAAGGACGGGCCUUUGGUUCUGCUACUCCAUGGCUUCCCUGAGACAUGGUUCUCGUGGCGACACCAGAUCGAUUUCUUGUCGAGCCAUGGCUACCACGUAGUCGCUCCAGAUCUCAGAGGCUACGCUAGCUCCGACUCUCCUCCGAGCCAUGAGUCUUACACUGUGAGCCACCUCGUCGCUGAUGUCAUCGGUUUGCUCGACCACUACGGCACUACUCAGGCUUUUGUGGCUGGUCAUGACUGGGGAGCGAUCAUAGGUUGGAUUUUGUGCUUGUUUAGACCAGACCGAGUCAAAGGUUUCAUAAGUCUCUCUGUUUCAUAUUUUCCAAGAGACCCAAAACUCAAACCUUCCGAGUUCUUCAAAAGCUUUGGAGAUGGUUUAUACAUCUCUCAGUUUCAGAAACCUGGAAGAGCGGAGGCUUCAUUUGCAAAACAUGAUUGCUUAACGGUUAUGAAGAAGUUCUUGACGGUAACGACAACAGGUUACUUGGUGGCUCCUCCUGAUACAGAGAUCAUCGAUCAUCUUGAGAUACCAUCGACGCUUCCAGAUUGGAUAACCGAGGAAGAGAUUCAAGUGUAUGCAGACAAGUUUCAGAGAUCUGGAUUCACAGGGCCUUUGAAUUACUACAGAGCCAUGGAUUUGAAUUGGGAGAUAUUGGCGCCGUGGCAAGACUCCAAGAUCCUUGUACCAACUAAGUUUAUCGCGGGAAACAAAGAUAUCGGAAACGAAGGACCAAUGGGAACAAUGCAGUACGUGAAAGGAGAGAUGUUCAAGAGUAUCGUACCUAAUCUUGAGGUGGUUGUUAUUGAGGAUGGUCAUCAUUUUAUCCAGCAGGAGAAGUCCAAACAAGUCUCAGAGGAGAUUCUCUCAUUCUUAAACAAGUUACAACACACAACAGAGUAAAGUCAUGAUGUAUUAUGGCCUUAAUUUAUAGUAUUUUCUUUCUUGGUUGCUGAAACUUAUAGUUCCAUGAUGCUCUUAAGUAAAACUACUGAUGUGUAUCGGAGAAUAUAAAACCCGAGCGUGGUCGUUAUAAUAAUGGUUAAUACUUUAUAGUGUAAGUAAUGUAAUAUUCUAUUUUUUAUUGUUUAUGUUCAUCAGGAAUAAGAAGCCAAUUUGAAUUUGUGCAUAUAAA